AUGUUCUCACAUAAUAACAGAUUCAGCCAUGAGAUUAGUGAGCAUGUAUCUAUCCGUCCUGAGCUACCACGAUUGGUUUUUGAAGAAGUAGCAGAUGAAGAUAAAAUAGAAGAACAAAUUCAAAAUAGUGGUAAUAUAGUUGCUAAUAUUAAAGAUAUAACAUUACAAGAACCAACGCUACCUGAAAAUAGAAUUUUACUAGAUGAUGGAUUUGGAGAACUCAAUCCAGAUCAAGCGAUGCAAUUCCUAGACCGAACUGUAGAAAUGAUGCUUGUACAAGAAACUUCAGUACAACACAGCGGCUUAGAUCUACCUGUGGAUAUAUCAUAUAAAUCCCAAGAUAGAUCUCGACUUAUCCCUCAUGAAGCACAAAUGGAGAGGAUAUCUGAACAUGAUAUGUCAGUGUUUAGAAAAUCUAUGGGUGCAGAAAUAGUGGCAGGUGAUUUAGAAAAAGAUAUCCUUGACAUUCCUGAAAUCCCGCCUCCUAUUGCUCCUGAAUCACACAAUGUGGAAAAAGAAUUACCUGUUGAUGUCACUGAGCGAGAGCCAUUGAAGGGAAAUGAAUUGGAAGAACUCAUGUUGCAGGAUUUAGAACCACAAACAAAGAAAAGGAAAUUGAAGCAAAAAUUGAUAAUUGAUAAAAAAACACGUCUCUCAUCCAGUUUUAUUCGUUCAAGGAUUGAAAAUAACAAAGUUGAAUUGCGUUGUGAGGACAGCGCCGCGGACUUGGCGCCGCUCGUGCUUGCGGCCGGCGCACUACUGCGCGAGGCGGCGCGCGGCGCGGCGCGCCCGCUGGCGGACAUGUUCGCGCGCGCGGUGCUCGCGCGUAGGGACAUAGAGGAACCAUUACCAGCAAAAACGAGAACAUUCCAAAGCCGAUCUAUGCUUGAAAAAAUAGAUGAAGAAGUGGAACCAGUUGAGAGACCAAUUGAUAACGCGCCAGAUCUCUCCAAACAACCACAAAUAUCCGAUAUAAUGCCAUUGGAUAUAUCGGAAAUGCCUACACAAAAAAUAUUAACCGAGUCGCAAGCAAGAAAACGUACUAGCGAAAUAGAGAUAUCGCCAAAAAGACAACGAAAAAGCGGCUUCAUGUCGUAUCGCCUGCACCAGACUCAAGCAGAUAUAUCUAAUAUCGAGGCAAAUAAAGAAAAUGUUCCCGUCGAGCCCACAGAUGUAGAGGCAAAUAAAGAAAAUGUACCAGCCGAGCACCCAGACGUGGACCGUUUGACCGCCAUGAUACAAUCCGCCGGACUCGCAGACCGGGACGAUGUUCAGAACAAACAAGGGAGUGACUCUGAAACACAGCUAGGAAGCUUGGAUAGAACCAAAGUGUCUCUCGGUGAUUCUGAGAGGACUACUGAUUCUAAAAAAUUCAUUCGAGAGGAAUGGGGCACGGCAGGGACGAUGUACAAGAUAUACAAGUACGUGAACAGCGGCGUGAGCGUCACCGUGGACUCCCUCAUGUGCAGGGGGCCUGUCCUGGCGGGGCACAAGCGUCUGAUAGCCGCGCGCUGUUUUACUUCUAUACUGAAACUCAAGCAACAUGGCUUCAUCAUCGUACAUAAAGAUAGUGUUACACAAGAAAUAAUAAAUAUUGAGCUCGGAGAGAAGAUAUUACGCAAACGUAAA